AUGGAGCUGGUGGCAGCUUGGAAGCUUGCGGUUUGUGGAUGGAGUUGGGGCCUGCCUGGGAAGCUUUGCAGAGUUGUGGUUGCAUUGGCGGAGGAGGGUCAUGACUCGUCGGUUGAGCUCGCAACUCGCAAGCCCAUUAUGGUGGUGGGAACUGGAAAGACAAUCGCGCUGCUGCUGGCCUGGGUGACGGGAAAUCUCAGGAAAAAAAGUUCCUCGAAGCGGUGGAUAGGAUUUGGAGUUAGGUUUGGGGGAUUGGAACUGGAAGGGAAGAGUGAGCUGGUUACGGGGGAGUUACUGAAGAUUCGCGGUUAUUUGGAGCAGGAGCUUCUUGGUCAGGGUUCUUCUUUGGCUGUAAUGGAGUGGAGGGACACGCAUGAGGCUUUGAGAUUGGUUGACGACUAUUUGAAGGAGACCAUGACAGUUAUGGGGCCUUCGUUUCUCGAACUUGUGGCAAUGAAGCAGUUGGGGAUUGGGUGCGGGGAGAAUUCUCAUAAGGUGGGCGAGGUUCUAAUGGAGAAGAGCAUCUUUGUGAAGAUGGUGGAGGUGAGGGUUCUAAGGGUGGGGUUGAUGGUACAGGGAAUGAAGAACAAAAGCAUCUUUGUGAGAAUGUUGGAGAUGGGGCUAAAGGGUCUCAUGAUGAAGAUAUUCCGAAGUGGAGGGUUGGGGAUUCCGGUAAGACAGGAGAUGUUUCUAAUGUUGGGGUUAAUGGUUAAGGUAGGAGAGGGUUCUAAUGACGGAGUUGAUGGCGAAGGGAAUAGAGAAGAGCAAGAGGGUGAAGAUAUCCUGAAGAUGAAGAAGAGGAAGGACAGAGAUUCUGAGAAGAUAGGAGAAGAUGUUGCGAAGAGCAAGAAGAGGAAGGGUGCAGCUGUUAAACCAAUGCACCUCUCCAUCGCCGCAGUGCACCUGCAAAGAUUGCUGAUGUGGGCGAAACUGCAAGUUACCAAGGAGGCAGAACAGGAAGUGGUCAGUGGAGGAGCUCUGUACAAUGGAGUGCAGCAGUUAGGUGUCGGGUCUUGGAAGGAAAUCCUCAGAUCCCGGGGCCAGAGCUUCAACAAUAGGACCGAGGUUGAUUUCAGAGACAAGUGGAGGAACAUGAAUAGAUGGAAGCCAAUGGCGGCUUCUAUCUUCAGAAAUGCUGAACCGAUUCUCCUCCCUGUGAAAUUUGCCAUUUCAAGAAGGUUCUGUCUUGCUUCUCGCCUUUCUCUAGAGCUCCAUGGAUUAUUCAGCUUGGACUCAGCUCGUUUCAGCUGUAACCAUGGCGGUAACCUCCUGUGCAUCUAUCCCCAGCUGCCGUUCGAUUCAUUACAAGGUGAUGGGUUCAUCAGUCAUCAGUUGGUCUCCGCUUAAGGUUGGGUUUCACAAAAGAUGCAUGCGACUGGUUCGAUGAAUUGCCUGACACAGAUUUGGUCUCAUGGAAUUCCUUCAUAUUCGGGUUUUCACUCGGAGGGGACCUUUGUAACUGCUUGAAGACCUUCUCUCCCAUGAAGCUUGAAAGAGGAGUCGAACCCAGUGAAGGUACGAUCAUUCCAUUAAUUUCAGCAUGCGCUGAGAGUGAGACUAGAGCUCUGGAUAUUGAUACAUAUAUUCAUGGAUUUGCCCUGAAGUUUGGAAUGCUUCUCGAGCUGAGAAUUGCUACGUUUUGAUUAACUUGUAUGGAAAGUCUGGCUACUUAGAUGGUGCAAGUGGAUUGCCUUCCGAAUUUGCUAACCUGGAAGCUAUGGAGUUCAUGGGAAAGGCAAGGAAGCCGUGGAAACUUUCCAGCUGAUGCUAACAGGUGAUGUAUCUCUUGAUCAUGCCAUUUUCACCCACUUGUUGAAAGCUUGC